AUGGGAGAGCCAGCACAAUCUUACAGUCAACAAAAUGGUAGUCCGGCCCCUCCGCCUGCCGCUGAGCCGGCCCAAUCGCCUGGCGGUCUGGAAACGCCUCUGAAAGAUGUCAACGUAGGAUUAGGAAUACAGAAUGGACCGCCUACGCCAGUCAAGGAACUUCCACCUGCGCCAUCGGCCAAAGAUCCUCAGCCGAAUGAACAAGAUCAGGAUCAAGCUAUAGCACCUUUGAGUCCAUCAGAAAUCCCGCUGUCACCACCUCCUCCACCACCUAAACCUUCGAAAGGAAUUCCUAUCAUCAACGAGAACGAGAGUAAAGAAACGUUGCAAGAUGUGGAACUUAGUAGGACGGGAACGCCAGUUAGAUCAGCCAGUAUCGUAUCUUCUCAACGACCCGAAGCAUCCAUUAGAAGGGAUAGUGAGGGACCUGUGACCUCAUCUUCAAGGAGAGUCUCUAAUCACGCUUCCACCUCGGUAACCUCCUUACAUUCCAUAACGUCCACUCCAUCUUCUCGAGCUCGCUCGACUCGACCCACUACCACGCAGGGCAGUAUAAGUGAAGGAUCUCAUUCUCGAAGGGACAGCACAAUGACACUAUCCAUGAGUCAUACCAUGUCUCUACCACCCAACACACCAGGAUUACAUCAACUGUCCACAGUACUUAUCAUGCCGCCUUUACAGUUAUUGGUAGACUCAAAAGAAGCCAAGAAAUCAGCUUCGUUCCGUGCAGCAGCUCAAAAAGCUCUGGAACUAUGUCAGGUAUCGGGUAAUGGUGAAGGAUCAUCUUCUGCUUAUCUACAUCCUAGAGAGAUAUUCGAACCUCUCAGAUUGGCUAUAUCCAAUCCCCAAACAACAUCUGUCCCUAUACUCAUCACUUCCCUCGACUUGCUUUCGAAAUUGAUCUCACAUUCAUUCUUCAGUGAACCUUAUGGUCCACCUAAAGGGAUGUCACCCUUACCAGACCUAAUAACACAUACGAUUACACUUUCAUAUUCCGAAAAUUCACCUCCUCAAGUUGCCUUGCAAGUGGUAAAAGCUCUGAUGGCUAUAGUACUGUCUACGGAUAAGGGGAUGUUAGUCCAUCAAUCAUCGUUAUUGAAAGCUGUCCGAACGGUAUAUAACGUUUUCCUGUUAUCGAACGACGCGGCGAAUCAGGUUGUAGCUCAAGGUGGGUUAACACAGAUGGUACAUCAUGUUUUUGGUAGGGUGAUCAGACCAGAGAUGAAGACUGUGUCGGCAUCUGGUAGUUUAUCGGGUAGAAGAAGCACGAUAGGUGAGAAUGAAGCUAGGAGAUUGGGGUUGGGUCUAUCGGAUGCAGAUACGAAGGAGAAUCAGGAAGGUCAACCACAAUCUCAACCUCAGACUCCUGUACCAGGUCAAGAACCCACAAAACAAGAGGAAAAAUUAACUCUUGAAUCAUUCGCUCAACCCAAUCCUAAUGACUCGAUACCUACCGCUCCAGCAGUCAUAGCUUCCGAUGCUGAACCUGAACCUGAAAUUUCCCCAUCUACACCAUCCUCACCGCCCAAAGUACCUCAACAUACGGUAUCGAUCCCAGUACCUAAUGGAGAUGCUCUCGAUACACCUGAACCCACCUCUGCACCCAUGCAAGAUGGCCCUACUGCGAGUGCGCCUGGUGGACUAGACGAACAGGAAGGUACUCUUGAUGCUAUGGGAAGACCUAUCCCUACGGAAGAGUUGUUUGUGAAAGAUGCUUUCUUGGUAUUUAGAGCGUUGUGCAAGUUGACGAUGAAACCUUUGGUGUCGGAGAGCGAAAAGGAUCUUCGCUCACAUGCCAUGCGAUCUAAACUUCUCUCUUUACACCUCGUUCUCACCGUCCUAAAAUCCCACGCCGACCUCUUCACCAACCCUCUCGUCUGUAUCCCCUCCAAUACCUCGCUGGAGAUGACACCGUUCUUACAAGCUACCAAGCAAUACCUCUGUCUGAGCUUGUCUCGGAACGCUGUCAGCUCCGUGAAUCAGGUGUUUGAACUCAGUGUGGAGAUCUUUUGGUGUAUGCUCAAGCAUAUGAGAGCUCAAAUGAAGAAAGAAAUCGAAGUGCUGCUUAACGAGAUCUUCUUACCCAUACUUGAGAUGCGACAUUCAACCAUCCGACAGAAAUCAAUCAUCUUGGGCGUUUUCAUCAGACUAUGUCAGGAUCCUCAAGCUUUGGUUGAGAUUUACAUCAAUUACGACUGUGAUCGUGCAGCCCUCGAGAACAUCUACGAGAAAUUGAUGAAUAUCGUUUCCAAGAUUGGUCAAACGCAUUUCGCUCCCCCAAGUAAGGAAGAGUUAGGUCAAGGAGGAUCGUCAAAGCAAGCUACAGGACACAAUGGUCCUGCUAUACCGCCUUCGCUCAGUACUUCAGCUUUGGCAGGUGAUCAUGGACACAAUGCCGCUCACUAUGCUGGAUUAUCUCCCGAGAUCAAACUCCGUCGACAAUCGCUCGAAUGUUUAGUCGCCGCCUUGAAAUCUCUCGUUGCUUGGUCUACAUCCAACCCUUCGACUAAAGCUACACAGGAAGAUCAACCUCGACCGAGUGAAGAUGGCUUGGGACGACAUCACGCUUCCGACUCCAUGUCUGGGUCAACAGCCCAACUUGCCGCUCCUACGCCUGUAUGGCCAGCGGAAAAUUCAGCACGAAGUCCAGCUCCUGGCGUGUCAUCCAAUGGCUCCAACACUCCUGAUAUAGGCGAAGACGAUGUUGGUAGAUUUGAAUCAGCCAAACAGCGUAAAAACACCCUACAAGAUGGGAUCAAGAAAUUCAACUUCAAACCUAAACGAGGUAUCGCAUCGUUGAUUGAACAUGGAUUCAUUCGAUCGAGCUCCCCUCAGGAUAUAGCGAGGUUCCUGCACUCGAACGAGGGACUCAGUAAAGCUAUGAUUGGAGAAUACCUUGGUGAAGGUGAUGAAGAGCAUGUAGCGAUCAUGCACGCUUUCGUCGACAUGUUAGACUUCUCUAGAAUGAAAUUCACCGAUGCGCUCAGGAUGUACCUUCAAUCAUUUAGAUUACCUGGAGAAGCUCAGAAAAUUGAUAGGUUCAUGCUGAAAUUCGCUGAAAGGUAUAUACACGGUAAUCCAGAUACCUUUUUUGCCAAUGCCGACGCGGCUUAUAUUCACGCAUUCGCCAUCAUCAUGCUCAAUACCGAUGCUCAUAAUCCCAACUUAAAACAGAAACGAAUGACAAAGGCUGAAUUCGUCAAGAAUAACCGAGGGAUAAAUGACGGGAAAGAUUUGCCUCAGGAAUAUUUGGAAGAGACGUACGAUGAAAUUCAGAAUAAUGAGAUUAAAAUGAAAGAUGAGAUUGAAGUUCCUCAAGCUACCACUUCCGGAGGGGGUUUGACAAGUGUAGGAAGGGAUUUGCAAAGAGAAGCUUACGUGGCUCAAGCUGAAAAUAUGGCCAGUAAGACCGAAUCUAUCCUAAAAGCGAUGGUCCGUCAACAACGAAGAGGAUUAAUUAGACCGAAUGAUCAAUUCCAUACGGCAAGUAGAUUAGAACAUGUACAGUUCAUGUUCCAAGUAGCCUGGAUGCCUUUCUUGGCUGGUAUUUCUGGCUCCUUGCAGGAAACAGACGACCUAGAUGUCGUUUACUUGUGUUUGGAUGGAUUGAAAAGCGCGAUCAAGAUUGUUUGUCUGUUCGAUAUGGAAUUAGAGAGGAAUGCUUUCGUCACGACCCUUGCCAAAUUCACUUACCUGAAUAACCUGGGAGAGAUGAAGCCUAAGAACGUGGAGGCGAUCAAGUGUUUGUUGGACGUGGCUGUGUCGGAUGGUAAUAAUUUGAAGACCAGCUGGAAAGAUGUAUUGGUCUGUGUGAGUCAGUUGGAGAGAAUGCAGUUGAUUAGCAGUGGGUUGGACGUACCGGAUUUGAACAGGACUUCAAGUUCAUCGGAUAAAAGGAAAUCUACAACUAUCACUAGGAAGAAAGGUCCAGCUGAAGAAGUGGCAGAAGAAUCUAGGUCUUCGCAAGUGACUGUCGCUGCAGAUAUGGUAUUUUCAACUUCGAAGAAUCUAUCAGGUUCCGCAAUCGUCGAUUUCGUUCAAGCGUUAAGCGAGGUAUCAUGGGAAGAAAUACAAUCGUCCGGAUCGUCUGCUCGACCUAGGAUGUUCAGUCUCCAGAAGUUGGUGGAGAUCUCGUAUUAUAACAUGGGUAGAAUAAGAUUGGAGUGGUCGAAUAUAUGGUUGAUCCUUGGUGAACAUUUCAAUCAGGUAUGCUGUCAUAACAACCCAAAUGUCAGCUUCUUUGCGCUCGAUGCUCUACGUCAACUAGCGAUGAACUUCUUGGAGAAAGAGGAAUUGUCCCAUUUCGGAUUCCAGAAAGAUUUCUUGAGACCUUUCGAGUAUACCAUCGUGAAUAACAAGAAUUCCGAUGCUAGGGAGAUGGUCUUACAAUGUUUGCAACAAAUGUUACAAGCGCGAGUUCAGAACCUUCGUUCCGGUUGGAGAACGAUGUUUGGUGUAUUUUCAGCAUCUUCCAAAGUCCUCACUGAAAGAGUAGCGAAUUACGCUUUCGAACUCGUUCAACUGGUUUACAAAGAGCAUUUCUCACUGGUAGUGAAAUAUGGAAGUUUCUCAGAUUUAACAGUUUGUAUAACUGAUUUCUGUAAGGUAUCAAAAUUCCAAAAAAUCAGUUUACAAGCUAUCGAAAUGAUCAGAGGUUUGGUACCGAAAAUGCUGGAAUGUCCUGAAUGUCUUCUACCCCCUCAACAAUUACAACAAAACCAAAACCAAAAUUCGUCAAACAAUAAUCAGGAAGAUGGGGAAGGAAAAGAGGGAAAGAAAUUGUUACCUUCCGAUGAUCCAAUGUUAAAAUAUUGGUUACCUGUCUUACAUAGUUUUUAUGAGAUUAUAAUGACAGGAGAGGACCUGGAAGUUAGAAGAUUAGCUCUGGACUGCCUGUUCGAUACGUUGAAAACACACGGUACAGGCUUCUCCAUCGAAUUCUGGAACACAGUCUGUCAACAAGUCUUAUUCCCCAUUUUCGCCAUCCUACGUGCCAAAUCAGAUAUCAGGUUCAGAUCAGCUGAAGAUUUGAGUGUAUGGUUAUCGACUACAUUGAUAUCCGCUCUGAGGGACUUGAUAGAUCUGUAUACGGUCUAUUUCCAAGUGUUACAGAGGUAUCUGGAUGGGUUGUUGGAUAUUUUAGUGGCUUGUAUAUGUCAAGAAAACGAUACUCUUGCUCGAAUUGGUACCUCAUGUUUCCAACAAUUACUUGAAAGUAACGUUAGGAAAUUAUCACCUGAAAAAUGGAUGUCGAUCGUUUCUGCUUUCGUACAGUUGUUCAAAACUACUACGGCUUUCCAAUUGUUCGAUCCGGUCUUGCAUGCUGAGGUGGAACCUAGUGGAACGAUGGAUGAUGCUGAUGCACCAUUCCAAAAAUUCGUUGCGCCUGCGCCAUUGGAACCCUAUACCGAAUCAUCUCCACCACCCACCCUCACCUCUCUGACAUAUGGUGAACAACGUCGAAUAUUCAAGCAGAUCAUCGUGAAAUGCGUGUUACAAUUACUCUUAAUUGAAACUACCCAUGAACUCCUACAGAAUGAUGAAGUAUACAAUACCAUUCCUGCGGAACAUCUGCUGAGGUUCAUGGGUGUUUUGGACGAUAGUUGGAGAUUCGCUAGGAAGUUUAAUGCUGAUAAGGAUUUGAGAAUGAAACUUUGGAAAGUUGGGUUCAUGAAACAACUGCCAAACUUGCUAAAACAAGAAUCCAGCUCUGCAGCUACGUUAAUUAAUGUCUUAUUGAGGAUGUAUAGAGAUCCGAGAGAUGCUCAUAGAGCCACUAGGAACGGUGUCUUGGAGAGAUUAGUACCAUUGGCAACGGAGAUCAUAAAGGAUUUCAUUGCGUUAGAUCCAGACACUCAGCCUAGGAAUAUCACCGCCUGGACUCCUGUGGUCAUUGAUAUAUUGAAAGGAUGUCAUGGGUUUGAGAACGAAGCUUUUGAAACCCACAUACCAACUUUCUAUCCGUUAGUAACGGAUAUAUUGACUAAAGAAGUAGCAUCAGAGAUGAGGUUGUCAGUCAGGGAUUAUUUGAAGAAAGUAGGUCAGGUGAAAGGGUUCAUAGGUGGUCCGACGAUAUAG